AUGGAUCAUAGUGAAUCACUAACGUUUAAUCAGCUAACGCAGGACUAUAUAAAUAAACUCAAAGAUGCAUUUCAAAUGCUAGAUGAGGAUGAAGAUGGCAUAAUCAGUCGGAAGGAUCUUAACAAGAUGUAUGCAACGUUAGGGAAGGCAUUGACAGACGAAGAAUGGUCCAAAAUGGUACCUGAUAAUGACAGCACAACAGCAGAGGUUGGGCAAGAAGGUGUAAGCUUUCCCAUAUUCUUAUCUAUCAUGGGGAAGAACUUAUCGCAGUUUCCCGAACGUGAAGAACUGGAGAAAAGCUUAAAAUCGGUCGGCAGGAAAGACGAUUUGAACGUUCCACUAAGUGAAAUCAUAGAAUCUUUAAAAGAAGCAGGCUUCGAAAAUCCUGAGGAAGAGUUUGCCAAACUUUUCAAGUUGUUUACCACAAACCAACAGACAGUUGAUGAGAAGACCUUCCGAGGUAAGCUCUUCUUGGAUUCAAUUACUGAUUAA